AGUAUUAAAAUACUAGUUAACGGAAUAACGUACAUAUCCUAAAAGUGAUGCGUUUAAUAACUAGCAAUAUUUCUUCAAGUAUUUAAAAUACUAAUUUACAGUCAGACAUUACAACCUAGUUGGCUCUCACUCCUGUUCUAAACGCGUGCUGUGUCAAAUUAGAGCAGUAAUAAAAAAAUUGUGCCCCGGAACUUUUCCGUGCGCAUGACAGAAACGCACAGGAAAAAACACACAGCAUCAUAAAGUAGCUCAGGCCUGGCGGAUUUAUUAUUGUCCUCUCUGAAUUAGCAUUUCAACAUUAACGCGUAGUGUCCUCAGAGAGUCAGGUCACAGUAUUAAAGCAGCUUUAAUGAGUCUUAAAGGUAAAUCCGUGCAGUUCUCGAGCACUUUGUUUUGAGAAGGCGCUUCCGGUCGCGUGUGACGGUGAGGCCUGCUGACCUACAUUCGGGGACUGAGCGCUCAUUAUAAGCCUGAAAGGCUCCAAGAAGAACCGCAACUGACCUGUCACUUAAAAAUACAGCUGGGGUUAAAAGUGCACACAAAGACCUUGUUAAAAGGGUGACAAGGACCUUUAUUUCUCUUUUAGAUGUCUUCCCGAUGCUUAAAGUGUGUCGUCCACAGACUGACUCAUGAAGCAUCACAAUGAGCUCCACAGACAGGGAUGAUGGCAGCGUUUUUGACGAUUUGAUGGAAGAGGAUGAGCGGGAUAAAGCCAAACGCGUUUCCCGGAACAAAUCGGAGAAGAGGAGGAGAGACCAGUUCAAUGUCCUCAUCAAGGAACUGGGCACCUUACUGCCUGCCAACACACGCAGGAUGGACAAGUCCACUAUCUUACAGAAGAGCAUCGACUAUCUGCGCAAGCACAAAGAAAUUGCAGCACAGUCCGAGUCGAGUGAGAUCAGACAGGACUGGAAGCCCUCGUUCCUCAGCAACGAGGAGUUCACACAGCUGAUGCUGGAGGCGUUGGAUGGCUUCUUCCUCGCUAUCCUGACUGAUGGAACUGUCCUCUAUGUCUCUGAAAGUGUCACAUCCUUACUCGGCCACCUCCCGUCGGAUCUGGUGGAUCAAAACCUGCUGAACUUUCUUCCAGUCGGAGAGCACAGUGACGUAUGCAAAGCGCUCUCUUCACACCCCGAAGGCGAGAACCUCAGCCCGGAAUACCUCAGGACUAAGGGCCAGCUGGAGUUUUGCUGCCACAUGCUCCGAGGCUCGAUGGACCCCAAAGAGCCGCCUGUGUAUGAAUACGUCAGAUUUAUUGGCAAUUUCAAGUCACUCAGUAAUAUGCCACGUAUAACCCGGAACGGUCUGGAAGGAGUUCUCCAGCGGUCAUUGCGCCCAGCCUUUGACGAUCACGUGUGUUUUGUAGCAACAGUGCGGCUAGCCAAGCCUCAGUUCAUUAAGGAGAUGUGUACAGUGGAGGAGCCCAAUGAAGAGUUUACCUCUAGACACAGUCUAGAGUGGAAAUUUCUUCUCUUAGAUCACAGAGCGCCUCCUAUCAUUGGCUAUCUCCCAUUUGAGGUUCUAGGGACGUCAGGCUACGACUACUAUCAUGUAGACGACCUGGAGUCACUGGCUAAAUGUCACGAGCAUUUGAUGCAGUUUGGAAAGGGCAAGUCAUGUUACUAUCGAUUCCUGACCAAAGGCCAACAAUGGAUCUGGCUCCAGACUCAUUACUACAUCACCUACCACCAGUGGAACUCACGGCCUGAGUUUAUUGUGUGCACACACACUGUUGUCAGUUAUGCUGAAGUACGGGCCGAGCAGAGGAGAGAGAUGGGCAUUGAGGAGACGCCUUCUGAGAAAACAGUAGACAAGUCUCAGGACUCUGGUUCUGAAUCCCAGUUAAACACCUCCAGCCUUAAGGAGGUGCUAGAGCGCUUCGAUCGCAGCCGCACGCCCUCCACGUCCUCGCACAGCUCUCACAAGUCCUCACGCACAGCCAUGUCCGACAGCACGUGCACUUCCACUCCCUCGAAGCUGCAGAUGGACGUGAGCACUCCGCCUCAGCCCAGCACUGUUGACAUGACGAUACAGCGCCGCUCCUCGCUCGGCACCCAGAAUGUUCCUGCAAGUUCUCCUUCUCAAGUUAACCAGCAGCCGCAACAGCAACCACAGCAACAACCUCAAAAUAAUACAGAGCAAUACUCUAUCCAGCUGAAUGCCAUGCAGCAUCUGAAGGAGCAGCUGGAACAGAGGACGCAGAUGAUCGAGGCCAAUAUUAAAAAGCAGCAGGAAGAGCUUAGACAAAUUCACGAGCAGCUGCAGAAGGUCCAGGGCCAGGGCCUUCAGAUGUACCUGCAGCAGGCAACGGCUGGGGUCAGUGUGCAGCUCCCUCAGGUGACUAGAGCUUCAGGCCCACAAGCUGAAGUUGGAGCACCGAGUGUCACAAGCUCCGCCCAUGGCGGGACACAUCCAGGCAUCCAACAGCAGCAGGCCCCACCUCCCCAACAGCAGCAGGCCCCACCUCCCCAACAGCAGCAGGCCCCGCCUCUCCAACAGCAGCAGGCCCCGCCUCUCCAACAGCAGCAGGCUCCGCCUCUCCAACAGCAGAGUUCACAGGGCUCCGUCCUCACACAGCAGGGUUCGGUGUAUAACACAAUGAUGGUCAGUCAGCCAGGCACCGGGAAUGUCGUUCAGAUCCCCAGCACCCCGUCACAUAACAUCAGCCAAGUAACUACAAUCAACCGGUUUCCAGGGCAGCAAUUGGUCACCAAGUUAGUCACCGCUCCCAUGGCAUGCAGUACCGUGAUGGUUCCCACAACAAUGUUUAUGGGCCAAGUUGUGACUGCUUACAACCCGUUCGCACAGCAGCAGAGCCAGACACAGGUGAUAGCCGUGCCGCCUGAUUCGCAGCAGCAGCAGGGUUUGCCACAGCCUCAGCAACAGCAACCAUUUCUACAGGGAGCCCACAUCUUGCAAAGCAACCAGUCCACACAGCUCAUUCUACAGGCUUUCCCCAUUCAGCAACCGGGUGCGUUUGCCACAGCACAACAACCACCACAGCAAAAACCACAACAGCAGUUGAAGCCUCACAGUCUAAAGCCGUCCAAAACUUCAUCCUCUCACCAGACGGACAACUCGAGCACACAGGCGCAGUGAUACCGGAGAAGACAUUAAUCUGGAGAGAAAUCUGAGGGUUAAAAAUUAGCUCUGUAAUAGAGCUCUACAGCAAUAGGAUUGAACCGAAUACCACCAGAUGGCCACCAGAGCGGGGAUACAGAGCUCGCAGUAUUCCACAGCAAUAACAGUGGUGGGCAACACCGGUAUUCAAAUUGAUUUCUCUUUACUUCUUUUCUAAUUUAUUUAAGGAAUACAAUUUAAUCUUGGAUGAAAAGGAAAUUUUAAGUCUUUCUCUUUUAACUGUAUAGAUGUGUGUACAAAAGCAUGUGCAUAUCCAACCAUAAAGGAACAAAGUGACAAAGUUUUAUACUCCGCCCAAAAAGUAUUAGCUUUUAGUUUAAGUUUUUGUUUAUACAGUAUGAAUUUUUCCAGUCAUUUUUUUAAAGCAAGGGAAAGGUGGUGGUGGUGUUUUAGGACAGAUUUUUUUUUUUAUUAUUCAGCCUAAAAGGUAGAAAUAGCUUAUAGACUUCUAUUUUGCUCCUCCUUUUUGAGAAAGUAUGCUUUUAACAUAUUUUAUACAUACAUAACCGCAGUGUUACCUCUAUUCCACAAAAGAAAUGUAGUUCUCAGUCUUUAAAGUGCCAACAGUUAGUUAGUUUAUAAUAUUUACAAUUGUGAUUUGUUCUCAUUACAAUUUUUUUGUUUCGAGUUGUAUAUUAUAUCAAGUACAGUGGAACCUUGGAUUACGAGCAUAAUUCGUUCAGGAAAUGGGCUUGUAUUUCAAAACACUCAUAAAUCAAAUAGAUUUUUCCCACAAGAAAUAAUGGAAACUCGAGUUAUUCGUUCCACAGCCCCAAAAAAAUAAAUACAUAAAAAUAAUUAACACAAAAUAUAAAGUAAAAAUAAAACAAAUUAACCUGCACUUUACCUUUUUAAAAAAAGUAAAAAUUAAUCCAGGCCGAUAAAUGUCUCCGUUUGUGCGCGUCGGCGCUGUGUAUAUGUGUGUAUGUGUAGCUAAAGUAAAAAGCCCCUCCUCCUCUCCUCCUUCUCGUAUACACGUGCACGGAUGUGAUUAUACCAGUAAGAGACCUGCACUAAGACCCAGCAGGAGAAAAGGUUAUCCACAGUUCCGCAGCGCAAGAGAGAGCAAAACUGUUGGCUCAGUUGUGAUCACGUGACGCUUGGCGUCAAAACAAGAAGCUCAUGCGUGAUACAUGAUACUCGGUGCUCGUAAACCAAGACUUAUUCGUUUUCCAAGUCCAAAUUUGUUAAAAGUCUUUGCUCGUCUUGCGGUACACUCGCAAACCGCGAUACUCGCAGUCCGAGGUUUCACUGUAAUGUGUUUCUACACACUAAAUGGCCCUUAUUUAAAAAUAAUUAUAUUUUUUAAUGUGUAUGUAUGUGAUACAUAGGAUGUUGAAAGAGUGAGUCCUGACUCUAUAAACAUGCAUGGAAUUUAUACACACACGCGCACCCACCCAGUGCCAUGAAAAAGUAUUUGUACCUUCCUGUUUCUUUUUUUUUUUUUCAGUUUUUAAAUAAUGAUUUUAUUUAUUAAGGAGGAAAAAGCUGUCCAAAACUACCUGGCCCUAUGUGAAAAAGUACUUUACUAAAGCCUUAGAAAUAAUUUUGCAACUCAUUUCUUUUUGACACCUUUCAGUGUUUUCAGACAGGUUCAAUUUAAGUUAUUUCUUGAUUCAACAGGGCAGGCAGUAAAAUUUAACUCAUCUUUCCAAAAAUCACAGCUCAAUCAUGAUUUAAAAUUACUUUUUUUUUUUUUUUUUUUUACAGUGGGCCAGGUAAGUUUAGACAGCAUUUUUCCCCUUAAUAAAUAAAAUAAUAAUUUAAAAACUGCUCAGGUUAUCUCCGUAUAAUGUUAAAAUUUAUUUAAUGAUCUCAAUAAUUUAGAUAUGACAAAUGUGCAAAAAUUUAAAUUUAAGAAAUGAUAUAUAAUAUCUAUAAUUAUAUAUAUGAUUAUGCGUAAAGGUGUUAGAAUUUGUGUAUGUUGUGUUUGUUCGUUUAUGGUUUAAAAAACAUAAAUGGGAAAAAAACAGAUUUGUGGCUUUUAUUUAAAAUGUCUCAUUGUUCUGUUUUUUCACACACAAAGAUUUCUAUUUAGAUCGCCCAGAGGGAAAAAAAAUUAAAAUUUAGGUAUCCGGGAACUUUAUGUAUAUUUUAUUAUAUACAUAUUAUAUUUGUAUAUUUGGUUAUUUAAAAUUGCUAGUUCGCUUAUUUCCAGAUUUAAUCUGAAAUACUGAAAACUAAAUCAUAUAACCGAUAGCACUUUUGCCACACACAAAAACAUCUUGUUUGCAAAUAAUUUGUUUUUAUUAAUUAUUUUGAAACAAAUGAACACAACAUACACAAAUAGCGUGCUGACUUUCAGUUCUUCUUUGCGCACCGUAAAUUGUCUUUCAAACAAAGCUGGGUUUCUUGUGUUUUAGUGUUUGUGUGUGUGUGUGUGUGUGGAUGCGAAUGUCUAUAGCUAGAAUCUAAAAGUUCGUACCUCUUCCCUUAUUGCUGUACGGGUUUGUGCGUCAACCCAGGCGAUAACCAAUCAGUUCUUGCCUUGCAGUAACUUCAUAUCAUUAGGACGCUCCUUACCGAUUCGGUAGUUCUAUACCUCAGAAAUCCAUGUUAGUCAAACGUUUAUUUUUUUUCUAGGAGAAAAUCCAAAAUGAUUUUAUUUUUUUGUAAAAUAUAGACCGUUAACACUGUCGUGUGAAACUAUAUGCAUUGUGUCUAAAAGAACUUCCAAACAUGAAUAUAUACUGCCUAAAGUCAUUAUAGUAUAUUAUAUUCAGACUCAACCCUAUGUAUAUGUUUUGUAUGGUGGUGUAACUUUUUGUCAUUUUUCGUUUUUUGUUCUCCCCAACACCUCCCCCCCCUUCCAUAUAAGCACCAAAGAUAAUUUGUCGACUCUGACACCUUGCAUUGUGUACGACUCACCAGCCACUUUUUCGUGUGACUUUGACCAUGGCAUGGUGGUUGCCGCUGUUGGCAAGUGAAAAUGAUUUUCAUUUAGAAUGGGCGCUGGAGUUUAUACAAGAUGGUGCGAAAAACAAAAAACAUCCAGUGGGCAGUAGAUCCAGUCAAAUUAAACAUUUUUACAUAAUCUUUAUUUGACUGGAUCUGCUGCUCACUAGAUGUUUUUUUAUUCUUUACAACCAUGUCGAGCAGUAAAGCACACAAUCUUAAGGCCGUCACCUCUCAAUGGAUGCUUUGUGUUUCCCUAACAAAGUGGCUGUCGAGUACAAAGUCUGUACAUGUAUUUAAAACAUGUUAAUGGACACACUAUUCACAAAAUGUAACCCAAAAGUACUGUACAAUCAAACAGUUGUUUGAUCAAAUGCAGAUUUCUUUGUAUUGCAGAUUUUUAAAAAAUGAGUGCGUUUUUGCAAUUGUCAAUAAGCUAGCUAGCUGUCAGGCAGCCAGUAUUUGUUUUUCUCACACAUUGCCUUAAAAUAAAGGGAGGAAUGUAGCAUUAGCAUUACCUUAGUCGUAAGCGCACACUUUCUGUUUAUGAUCCGUAAACCGAAGUGUAGCAUCGUGAUUCGGUUUGUUAUGUCCUACGCAUUUCUAUUUGAUGCCAAAAAAAGUAUUCAUUCACAGAUCAUGUCAGUGUUAUGGGUGUGUUCGUGUCAUCCUCUCACCCUGUCUUGGCAGCAUCAUACUGUGUGAAGACAUACCAUCCAGUGCAUUGCUGCUAAUACCUGUAUGUGUUUAGUGGCCAGGGAAAACCCUUUAAAUCCAAUUUUAAAUCCAUUUUCUAGUGAGUAAAGUUUGGAAGUUUGGUAGAACUGUGUUUUUUUAUUUUUUAAACUUAAGCACUUUAUACCACAGCGCUGGAAAAUUAUACAUGCUGAUCACUUAAAAAGUGUUCCAUAACAGCACCUUUAAUGGAUAUGAAUUCGAAUACAGCAAGUCCCCGACUUACGAACAGUCCAGUUGCAAUUUUUUGUGCAUAUACGAACAGACCGCAGAUCUACAAACAUUCGUAAAUGCGAAACGAAUUGCACAUGUUGCUCACGUGAAUUGUACAAAAAACUAUUAUUUUCUUGCAGCAGGAUGUCUAGGGAAAGUCGCGAGAGUAAAAUGCGGAACCAAAACACCAAACCUGUGCUUUACAUUGAUUUAGGGCUGUAGCUAUUGAAUAUUUUAGUAAUCGAGUAUUCUACCAAAAAUGUAAUCGAUUAAUCGAGUAACCGGAUAAAAUGUUCUUUUGCUUAAUUAAACAGCAAUGUAAAAUAUAUAAGAAAAACAAUGAUUAAUUGGUUUUCUUUUUAGAAAACUCCACUUUUAUUUUUUUAAAGCAUACAGCAUUUAAUCAAAAAUACUAAUUGUCAUUAUUCACAAUACAAGGAAUAGCUUAAAGUUGACAGAGAUGAAUUAAGUGCAUUACAGUGCCAUACAUUCUAUUUUAAAGCCUUUUCUUAGAUGCAAAAACAAAAAAAAAAGGUAUUUCAAAUGACUUUAAGUAUCAAGAAAACUAAGGGACACUGUUAUGCGCUAAAAUGCCUCC